AUGGCGCAAAAUUAUGUAGAUUUAGCGUCAUGGAGGUUAUACUUCGACGGUUCAAGACAUAAGUAUGGAUCUGGGAUAGGAGGAGUCAUAAUUUCUCUAGACGGAAUUCAUGCAGAGUUCAAAUACAUAAUCGAAGGGGUAUGCAUAAAUAAUGAAGCAGAAUAUGAGUCACUAAUCACAGGACUUGAACUAAUGCUAGAAUUGGGGGCAAGGAAUGUCGAAAUUAUGGAAGACUCGAAGUUAGUGAUUAAACAAGCAUCAAAAGAGUACAGGUGUGUUGAAGAAAAUUUAAUCAUGUAUUUUAUGGUCACCAUCAGAUUACUCAAGAGGAUUGAGCAAGUCAAUCUCCAACACAUACCACGAAAAGAGAACCAAAGAGAAAAUGAUUUGGCACAGGAGGCUUCAGGGUACAAAGCGUCGGAACACCAGGAUGAAGAGGUCCAAGUAAGAGAGAAAGUACGAGCGACAUUGUUGUCACCAUCAGAUUUGUCGAUUGUGAAGUUGGGAGCCGUAGAUAAAAAUCAUUUUGAAAUUUUGACCAUCGACGACGGGGGGGGGGGAAAUGAUUGGCAUAAACCGCUAGUCGAUUACUUACGCAACCCCGUAGGGUCGACAGAUCGAAAGAUAAAAUAUAGGGCCCUUAGCUACAUCUUGGUAAAUGAUGAAUUAUUCAAAAAGACCGUCGAAGGAGUGUUACUAAAAUGCCUAGGAGAAAGCGGGGCAUACGUGGCUGUGUCAAGCGUAUAUAGCGGGGCGUGUGGAGCGCAUCAAGCAGGUUUGAAGAUGAAAUGGCUCUUGAUGCGCUCAGGAGUUUAUUGGCUUUCAACGUUGAAAGAUUGCAUUGAAUUUGCUAAAGGCUGUCAAGAAUGCUAA